CUGUGCCUAUUGGGCAGUGCGCCUGUCCGUCAGGCUGCUGAGGCGUUAGGGGGCGGCGGUGGCCAUUUUGGAGCGGAGAGCGGGGCCGGGCGGAGCGGAGGGAGCGCGGAGGCUCCCGCCAACCCCCGCCAUGGCGGCCCCUCUCGGUACCGGCGCCCGCGCGGAGGAGACAGAGCAGGAGAAACAGGACACGCCGGAGAAGGAGCCCGUCCCCCCCGAGCGGGCGGAGGAGGCGAAGCUCAAAGCCAAAUACCCCAACCUGGGCCAGAAGCCCGGCGGCUCCGAUUUCCUCAUGAAGAGGCUGCAGAAAGGGCAAAAAUACUUCGAUUCCGGCGACUACAACAUGGCCAAGGCCAAGAUGAAGAACAAGCAGCUCCCGAGCGUGACAGGCGACCACAUCCCCACCCCGCAGGACCUGCCGCAGCGCAAAUCCUCCCUCGUCACCAGCAAGCUGGCCGGGUAGCCCGCGCCGCGCGCCUUUGCUCCUAUUGCGCUUCACUUUCUGGCUGAACGGGUUGAACUUCACUGUACCCGGGAGCGCCACCAUCCCCAUCCCUGUUUGAGUUUUGACAGCGAACGAGCGAGGGGCGGAUUGGCUCGGGUUGUUCCUCCCAGCGCGCGCGUUCGCCGAUUAAUGAUCGGAACCUCGUUAGCGGCGCCGCGGGGGGGAGGGGACGGCGCGGUGGGCGCCGGGACAAGUUUUCGGUGGGUGAGAAGGUGCGAUUGGGAGUUUAGCGAUGAGAAUACAAACGUGGGGCGCGACGGCGGCGCUGGGGACGGUUUAGUGUCCCCUCGGUGGUGGCAAAACCUUCGUGACGGUGUCAGGCGCCCCCACCUUCCACUCAUUUAUCGGCUUCUUUUUGCCUCCUUUAUUGUUGCAUUUUCAUCAUUUUAGGGCUGAAAUUAGUUUUUAAAACCCCCCCAAAUUUGAGCCCGGCCUUGCUAAACCGCCCAGUUUUUAAGGCAAAAAUAAGACGUGUGGGUGAGUGGAUGUUUUGGGGUCUUUUUGCUCCCCCCCCCUGCUCCUCAGGAUUUGCAGCAGGGGAACCUGAGGCAGGUUGUGGGUGUCAUUGUCCCACGAGCGCCCCCCCACCCCCCGGGCGUUGUGUAAAUAGCUACGGAUCAGAUCUAUAAAAAUAGAGCUAUAAUUUUUUUACAUGUUCA